AUGGCGACCGCCGCCGCUACGGCGCCUCACCCGACUCCGCCGACGCCGCUCCAGCAGCAACAGCACCAGCAACACAAGGAACAGCAGCAGAAGGCGCUGUCCGUGAACGCAAUCCGCCUGCAGGCGAUCGGCGGCCGCCUCAAGGCCCACCUGCGCGGCAUGAACGUCCCUCCAAUGGCCGAGUUCGCCCACCUCGUCUACGCGUUUGCCAGAGGGAUUGACUUCGCGGUCUCAGCUGGUAAUAUUCCUCAGAUGGCCGGUGACAUACCCGACAUUCUGAGAAAGGUAUAUGACCUGAGGAGAGAAAUGUUUAUACAAUCAUCGCUUAUGGUACUAGUGAUAUCUUGCAAGAAUGCUUGUUCCAAUAAUUGGUUUCAACCUGCAGAUUCCAGAGACAUUUUCAAAAUGGCCAAUGAGCUCUCUGGCAACUUCUGCACAUCCACAGGCCAGGCAGCUAGUGACAGCGCUGUGCUUGAAAUUAUAUCACAAAUAAUGCCAAGGUAUUACCCUCGGUUGAAGUUUGAUUGCCUAAUCACUUCUAUUGAAGCAAAGGUUGGCUAUGAUAUAUUAAUGGCUGACUUCUUUAUUGAGAGGAACCUAUCUCGAGAUGAAAAGAUUAGACUAAUUGUCGUACAAAAGGAAAAUUUAGAUGCCUCGUCAUGUGUUUCAAGCCCACCACAUGUGAGCUUUUUGGUCAAUGGGAGGGGUGUGGACAGAAGGACUAAUGUUUCAAUGGAACCAGGACCCCAGUUCCCUACUGAUAUCACCAAAAUGCUCAAAUAUGGGGCUAACAUUAUCCAAGCUGUUGGAUACUUUAAUGCUAAUUAUAUCAUAGCUGUAGCAUUUGUGAACGAUUUGACAUCCUUCAGUGCUCCAAAACUGGAUGACUAUGCGCAACCUAUCACUGUUUAUCCUGCAGAUUCUGAUGUACUUGAGGGACCAUCAAGAGUUUCCCUAAAUUGCCCUAUAAGUUUUAGGCGCAUAAAAACUCCUAUCAAAGGGCGUCUUUGCAAGCACUAUCAGUGUUUUGAUUAUGAUAAUUACAUGGAGAUGAACUCGAGAAAGCCAAACUGGCGCUGUCCAUACUGUAACACCUCUUCAAGCUUCACUGACCUACGUAUUGACCAAAAGAUGGUGAAGAUACUAGAAGAGACUGGUGAUGAUGUCACUGGUGUCCUUGUAUUUGCUGAUGGAUCUUGGAAAGCUGAUCCAGCUCAGGAUGAAAAAUCUGAUAGAAAUAGAGGUGAUGCCAUUCAGCAGACUGGAGAUUCUAUAGAAACUGAUUCACCUUCUUCAGAUGUCAUAGAUCUGAUAAAUGGCAAUGACGAUGGUGAUUUGCAAAUGGAUUGGGUAUCGGCUCCAGAAGAUACUAAGCCUCUGUUGAAUAGUCAAGAUUUGUCUGUGUCAGACUAUCUUACAGAUCUCCCUAUGGCAGUCCAGACAGAAGAUCUGUAUCGAGGGGAUGGAAAUAAUGGGGGAAGCAACAUGGCUUUCACUUCUCGUCAAAAUUUGUUACUACCACCUUCUAGUGGGCUGGGCUCAAGUUCAUUUGGUACCUUGGAAUCUAUUCUACCUCAAAAUGUUCUGCGCCCUGUUAUCACAGAUGCUGUCUCUCCUUCUCUUGAAACCUCUACUUCAACAUCUGGCAUGCAACAUGUUUCACAGGAAACACAUUGUGGAACUGUACAGUUGCAGGCACAAAUAGGUCCAGUACAUGGAUCAGAAGUGAGAAGGCUUCCUAUACCUAGAAAUCCCAGGAGAGAGCCAAUAGGAGUCCAGGCAUUGGCAGUUCCACAACAGAAUCCUGGGUCAUCAACAAGGUUGCAGCCAAAUAUCCUCAAUUGUCCACCUCCUAUCCCGCUAUCUAGUCCAUCUUCUCCCACUUACCAAACACAUCAAGUGACGAAUCCAGACACUGUCAUUGCUCCAAUGAACAGUGGUAGUGGGCCAUUACCAAGGACUCCUAGUGCUGCUGCAUCAUUGCACCUACAGUCAACAGCACGGGACAUUGGCAACACAUCGAGCCAUCUACCCAGUCGACUUGUUGGUCUGCCUGCGCCACACCUCAUGGGUACACGACCACCACCAGGAAUUUCAGGACAGGCUGGAGGAGCGAACGCCUACAGACCUAUGCAACAGACUCCGACUCUCAAUCCACUGCGGCACACACGGAUGAACAUGAACCAAACGGCACUGGCUGCCGCAGGCCAAACCACCUCUGCUGCACAUGUCCGACCAACCCAAGCAGACAUCCAAAGCCAUCUCUUUCCUGCGCAGCAAAGCCAGGCACUGAGAUCGCAACCAGUGCCACGGGCAGCAAGUCCUUCGCCUCUACAGCGGGCGCCACCACAUCUGCAACCACCCAGUGUACCACCCACUGUUCCAAGCACACCUCAGGCUGGAUCUCCACAUGGUCUUCCACCAGAGCUCCCUGUGGAUGAGAGCUGGCGCCCCUCGGGACAGAUGAGAGGGAGUCUGACAGGUAAUGCUUACAGUUCUGCGAUUCGGCACUAUCGGGGCCAGUCGGAGCAGCAGCAGGGUCAGCCUCGGCCUCCCAGCACUUCAGGCGUGCGAAGGCCUCAGUAA